AUGCCAGCGCUUCCUCCGACUUCACUGUUGGAAACUAUUGCUAGUCGGAAUGUAACGCUCGAAUCUACCGUUGCCCUAGCCUCCAAUACUACCAAUAGUACGAACGUAGAAAAUGUUGUUCGGGUUGUCUGCGCCUGGCCAGUGUCAGGGCAGUAUGGCCCGGGGUCGAGGGUCCUGUACUAUGUUCUUGUAGCAGCCUGCGUCUUUGCUCGGAAAGCAGAAUGGCUCAGGAACGCUUGCCUAGCCGCCGCAUUGGUUUUCCCCGCCGUCGCUGCUAUUCAUGGCAUCGUUCUUGCUGCAGUACAUGUGGAUAAUGCCGUAGAUAUGGACAUCUAUGGGGCCUUCCAGUUUUGCUCGAUUGGAAUACUAGCGGCUCCAUUGUCAGUCAGGAUAUCCCGGACGUAUUUUGAAAAUCCGGGUCGAAACAUAAUCUUUCUCUGGACCGGGAUCGUUCUCGCCGGACUGCUCAGCUUAACAGUCGAAUUCUUCCGGACUACAACAUCACCUUGCACGCACGACGAGUCAGGUAACCCUAUUCCUAUUGGUGAUUACAGAAACUUCCCUUACGACAAUGCCUCUUGUAACCUCACCUGCUCCAUCGAGAAGGGACCUUGGUCCCCUCUACGGAAAGAUGCUACAGAUGAGAUUUAUGUCAUACCAGCACCGAAUAGACUUGCAUUCGACGCCGUUACACUACUUGCAGCAGCUUGCUGCAUCCCCGCUGUCCUCUCGCUCGUAUCCAUGUGGAACAAGAUCCUUGAGAUUAACUGGAAGUCAAGAUUCGGUUCAGCAAAAGCAGAUGAGCUGAUUGAAGGCACGAACGGCGCCACAGACGAGGGAAUGAGUAAAGUCAAUUCCGUGGUGAGGCUUUUCCUAAGCACUCUAGAGAUCCCUCUGUUUAGCGCUGCAGUAGUUGCAAUCAUUAUCUUUGGCGAAUGGAACUUCUUCACUCCGCAAGUCCAAUACCAAACUGAACCAAUAAAUAGCAUAGGACAGUGGGCACCCCUUGUCGGUACCUUGCUUGCGGCAUUGGGAUCUCUUUACAUGCUUAUGGCGGUGGAUUUAGAAGCUGUGAAAAGGGAUGCGAACAUGAAAACCUCUACUCACCAUUGCAAUUGUUCCCGUCAUCAUUUUAAUAAUGAUCAAGAUUCAAAUUCGCCUACUAGGCUUGGGUCCAGCUCUUUUCCAGAUAGUGAGGUUGCCGAACGCACAAACGAUGAUACCAUUGCCCAUUCGGAGCAUAUUUCAAUAAGCUCAUCCUCCAUGCAAGAGAGUAUGAAUGGUGGCAUGGUCAUUAAUUCCUCCCACUCUACCGCGCCCCCGAGUCUAGCCCACAUUCGAAGCAGCUCUUGCAACAGCAGAAAAGAAACCCCCACCGAUCUUGCACCCACAGAAACCCGGCCAUCGGAAACCGACAUAGGCAACAGGCGCAAAGUGUACAACGCGCUCCUAUCCGCGGCGGAAUACCUCGGCACGGCGUCCGAAGACCGGUUCGACUACUCCGAGUUCAAGCACGGGAAGGCGACGGACUUCCCCGAGAUCCCGGCGGAAGACAAGCGCAACCCGAACCUGUCCCAGGUGCGGAAAGCGUAUAAUCAGCACCACGACGAGGACGAGGAUGCUAGUAUACGCCCGUCGAGAGCGGGUAGCUUCGUCGGAAGUAUUAUUUCUGUUUCCGCUUCCAGACGCAGUACGGAAGGAGGAAGCCCGACCAUGACCCGCGCGAUAUCAGCACCCCACGCGCUGCCGUCGCGGUCCUCGUCUCCGUCGCCUUCUAUCCACGGAGUCGGGGUCCGGCACUCGGACACGCUACCAGCUGGCCAGAGUUCGUUCGACGUACAAUCUUCAGAAGCAUCCUCAUCAGCCGGGCAGACGAGAGGCAGGACACGACAACGACGGGAUACCCUCGAAGUCCCUGUAUUCCACCCCGGCUCUUCGCGCGCUGUGCAGCCGGCUUCGCCGGCCGCGUCUAUUACCACCAUAACGAACAGCCAGGGCUCCCCCGCAAUUGUCAUUUCGCAUGAUCUCGAUGCUGCUUCUAUUGCGGAUAUCCCCGUUCUCGACCUUCCUAUUACCCAGCCGGCCGAGUCGGAAGGGGCACCGCAACCGAAAGCCUCGCUUCCGCCGUGA